UUCUACGUUUUAUACUCAUCAGGUCCAAUGCAUGAAUUCGUGUACGGGUGGCAAGCAGUUGUGAACACGAUGUCUAUGAAGAACAACGUUGAAGUUCGCAAACGAGCCGGUCUCCAACGCUUCGCGCUAGCUGGCAUCAACGGCAUCACGCUGGUGUCCCACAUCGGAGUCACAGAGAUCAUGAUCAAUGGGACCAGGACUUACUGCUUCGGAGGCGUGUCCAGACCUCCUGGCAGACGCAGUGUUAUUUGCAAGGGCGCCAUGUACCAAGAAGGUCGCUUUUCCUGCAAAGUGCCAUAUCUACGAUAUCCAUCAGUUUUUGGCUACAGAUACUGCAUUGACAAAAAUGCAGCUGUUAACUCUAUUGACGGGACAUAUAAAAAAACUUACUGUGCUAAAGGAGAGUCAUUACCUAAGUUCCAUUAUGAUUACAUAUGUGAACGACGUGAUAUCAAAGUCAAACGCAUCAAUCUAACUGAUCCUAAUGAGAGAUUUAACAUUAGGAAUCCUAUAGUUCGAAGAGCUGAGUACUACAGGGCACCUUAUGACAUAUUGAAAGCUUGUCCAGAUUGGUACGGAUGCAACCUCCAGAUUUCACAAGAGAUGUUACAUCAAGAACUUCCGAUUGGUUUGAUGGAUGCCAAUGAAACAGCUUUCGUUGGUCAUGGAGGAAAAUAUUGGCUGGCUCUUUAUUACACACAGCUCUCAACAUACGCAAUUUACUUCCAAGCUCACGGAGAGUACCCGUGGCAGUCGAACAGACCUAUCAUGUCCAUCGAUAAAGGUGGAAUUUGGGAACAAUUACUCAAGGCGAAUAUUGGUCCGGAUAUGAAUCUACAUUACAAUCUCAAUGGUAUCUACAACAGAUUCCCAGGUUCUGUGUUCCCUGAUCUGAUGAGGAAUGAUGGCCAGAUUCAACCGUCUAACUUCAGAACUGAUAUCCGUGAUGGAGGUUCAGAGGAUUUAAUUAUUGGCAAUUCUCACAUGCAAGCUGAGGGUGCAGGUGGAGAACCGAAUAUUGGGUCGUAUAAACUUCUGCACGAGGGUCAAGUCGGACCUUCAUUUGAGCAUAACAAGAACAUUUGAUACUGAUGUCCGGUUGUACAGAGAGAGUUACAGAAUAAAAUAUUUGUUCGACA